AUGAUAAAAGUUUCUCCAUUACAGAAAGGAAACAAUGUUCUGAACUAUCUUUCAAAUGCAUCCUGGCACUACGACAAUUCUAUAACGCCCGAUUACGAGAUAAACAGAUCUACCGCUUUACUGUUCCUAUCUCUUCGGUUUCAUAGCUGCAAACCCGAAUACAUCCAUAAGAGGAUCAAUAAGCUUAAGCCAUAUAAGGUGAAGGUAUUAUUAGUGCAUGUAGAUAUUCCCAACUAUAGCAAAACUAUUCAAGAGCUCUUCGAUACAACCUCACUAACCAUGGUAUUGGGGUUCAGCAUAGACGAAUGCUCUCGAUAUAUCCGGGGAUUUGAUGAAGCAGGAAAGAGGUCGAUUGAAGCAAUAAGAAGGGGAAGCCAUGAUGAAGAGGGAUUUCUGACAGCCUUUCCAAAAGUGAACAAGAGCAAUGCCCAGCAGAUACUUAAAUACAAUGGAACGCUUCUGAGAUUCUUCGGGAAGUCUUCUGAGGAGAUGGAAAAGAUUCCGGGCCUGGGAAAGACAAAAUCCGAAGAUAUCAUCAAAUACCUUAAUAUGCAAUUUGAGUAA